UCAUUGUUUAUCUGUGGUAAACUUCCGUCUGCUUGGUGAUUGACAAUAAUGGCGACGCGUUUAUACUGAGUUUACUUCUGCGAGCCAUUUGACAAAAUAAAUACAUUUGAGACAUAAAUCCAAUACAUAGGCUAAACGUACCUACGAAUUAAAUUAUUUAUCCAACAAAAAGGACGAAUCUACACUAGUGGUCUAACGUUAAGUUGUGGAGGUGGCAUUCAUGCAGAGGCACAAGCUAGCUAACUAAAUAGCUAGCUAAUAACGGUAUACCAUUUCGUGACGAUGUGGCUACUUUACACGCUCUUGGGGUGACAAUGUCUUGUGCUCUUGGGACGAAAAGCACAUGAAAGGGGAUACUGAGACAUACCAGUUAUUUACAUAACAUUGCAGACGAACAGCUUGUGGAGUGGAAAGUGCGUGCCAUUCAACAGCUUACUUUGGUAGCUAAUGUUUGGCAGUUGCUAGUUGGCAAAGCUAGCUAGCUAACAGUUAACGUUAGUGAGUUAGCUUAGCUUGGCUUUGAUUUCCAGUACAACGCGUUGUUUUAUCAAGCAAGCUAACUAAACCUUUGUUACAUUUACACUACGAUACAUUUGACUAGCAAUGUAUAUUUGCCUUUGCAACUAACUGUUAGCUUGUGUCUGCUAUAUUGUUUUGGAACUUUACCGCAAGCAGGCUAGCCUAGUUAACGAAACGUGCAAGCUAACAAGAUAUUGCUAAAUUGUGUUUUUCUGGACAACAUAACGGUUUUGCUUCUCAAAAUUAUCCUGCCAAACACAGGUAGUUAGCUAGUUAGCAUAUCCUGCUAGUUGGCUAUAUAUUUUUUGUGUUACGUUAUUUGCGAGACCUUUUCGUAAAUGACUACUGGCAGGAAUAACCGUGUGAUGAUGGAAGGAGUUGGUGCGAGAGUGAUCCGUGGACCCGAUUGGAAAUGGGGAAAACAGGAUGGUGGAGAGGGACAUGUCGGCACCGUCAGGAGUUUCGAAAGUCCGGAAGAAGUGGUUGUUGUCUGGGAUAACGGGACUGCGGCCAACUAUCGGUGCUCUGGUGCAUACGACGUGAGGAUAUUUGACAGUGCUCCCACAGGUAUCAAGCAUGACGGUACCAUGUGCGACACCUGCCGUCAGCAGCCUAUCAUCGGUAUCCGCUGGAAGUGUGCGGAGUGCACCAACUAUGACCUCUGUACCACCUGUUACCACGGAGACAAGCACCACCUGCGACACCGCUUCUACAGGAUCACCACCCCUGGCAGCGAGAGAGUCCUGUUGGAGUCUCGGCGCAAGUCGAAGAAGAUCACAGCCCGAGGCAUCUACACAGGUGGCCGGGUGGUGAGGGGAGUGGACUGGCAGUGGGAGGACCAGGACGGAGGCAACGGCAGGAGAGGAAAGGUGACAGAGAUCCAGGACUGGAGUGCAGCCAGCCCCCACAGUGCAGCCUACGUACUCUGGGACAACGGGGCCAAGAACCUCUACAGGGUGGGCUUCGAGGGGAUGUCGGAUUUGAAAUGUGUCCAGGAUGCCAAAGGAGGCUCUUUCUACAGAGACCACUGCCCUGUUCUAGGCGAACAGAAUGGCAACAGGAACCCAGGCGGUCUGCAGAUUGGAGACCUGGUCAACAUCGACCUGGACCUGGAGAUAGUCCAGUCCCUGCAGCACGGCCACGGAGGCUGGACAGACGGCAUGUUCGAGACCCUCACCACCACCGGUACUGUGUGUGGAAUUGACGAGGACCACGACAUUGUGGUGCAGUACCCCAGCGGGAACAGGUGGACGUUCAACCCUGCGGUGCUGACCAAAGCCAACGUGGUGCGUAGUGGGGAAGGUGUUGCGGCGGGGGCAGAGGGCGGCAGCUCCCAGUUCCUGGUGGGAGACCUGGUCCAGAUCUGCUACGACAUCGACCGCAUUAAACUGCUGCAGAGAGGACACGGGGAGUGGGCCGAGGCCAUGCUGCCUACCCUGGGCAAGGUGGGCCGCGUGCAGCAGAUCUACUCAGACAGCGACUUGAAGGUGGAGGUGUGUGGAACGUCAUGGACCUACAACCCUGCUGCCGUCACCAAAGUGGCCCCCGCUGGUUCCGCUGUCACCAAUGCAUCCGGAGAGCGUCUGUCUCAGCUGCUGAAGAAGCUGUUUGAGACCCAAGAGUCUGGUGACAUCAACGAGGAGCUGGUCAAAGCAGCAGCCAAUGGCGACCUGGCCAAGGUGGAGGACAUCCUCAAGAGACCUGACGUGGAUGUGAACGGGCAGUGUGCUGGACACACAGCCAUGCAGGCGGCCAGUCAGAACGGACACGUGGACGUCCUCAAGCUGCUGCUGAAACACAACGUGGACCUGGAGGCCGAGGACAAGGAUGGAGACCGGGCGGUGCACCACGCAUCCUUCGGAGACGAGGGCUCCGUGAUCGAGGUGCUGCAGAGGGGCGGGGCCGACCUGAACGCCAGGAACAAGCGCCGACAGACCCCCCUGCACAUCGCUGUCAACAAGGGCCAUCUGCAGGUGGUCAAGACCCUGUUGGACUUUGGCUGCCACCCCAGCCUCCAGGACUCAGAGGGAGACACCCCCCUACAUGAUGCCAUCAGUAAGAAGAGAGAUGACAUGCUGUCUGUGCUGCUGGAGGCGGGUGCAGAUGUCACCAUCACCAACAACAACGGUUUCAACGCCCUGCACCACGCUGCCCUCCGAGGGAACCCCAGUGCCAUGCGUGUGUUGCUGUCCAAGCUGCCGCGGCCCUGGAUCGUAGACGAGAAGAAGGACGAUGGUUACACCGCCCUGCAUCUGGCCGCACUCAACAACCACGUGGAGGUGGCCGAGCUGCUGGUUCACCAGGGCAGUGCCAGCCUGGACAUCCAGAAUGUAAACCAACAGACGGCCCUGCACCUGGCUGUGGAGAGACAGCACACACAGAUAGUCAGGCUGCUGGUGCGAGCGGAAGCCAAGCUGGACGUGCAGGACAAGGAUGGGGACACUCCUCUCCACGAAGCGCUGCGUCACCACACGCUGUCCCAGCUCCGCCAGCUGCAGGACAUGCAGGACGUCAGCAAGGUGGAGCCCUGGGAACCAUCCAAAAACACGCUGAUCAUGGGCCUGGGCACCCAGGGAGCAGAGAAGAAGAGUGCAGCGUCCAUCGCCUGCUUCCUGGCGGCUAACGGAGCAGACCUGACCAUCCGCAACAAGAAGGGCCAGUCCCCUCUGGACCUCUGCCCCGACCCCAGCCUCUGUAAGGCCUUGGCCAAGUGCCACAAGGAGAAGACCAGUGGCCAGGUGGGCUCUCGCAGCCCGUCUCUGAACAGUAACGGUGAGACCCUGGAGGAGUGUAUGGUGUGUUCUGACAUGAAGAGAGACACCCUGUUCGGACCAUGCGGACACAUCGCCACCUGCUCUCUCUGCUCCCCCCGAGUCAAGAAGUGUCUCAUCUGCAAGGACCAGGUCCAGUCCAGAACCAAGAUUGAGGAGUGCGUCGUGUGUUCCGACAAGAAGGCUGCCGUGCUCUUCGAGCCCUGCGGUCACAUGUGCGCUUGUGAGAACUGUGCCAGCCUCAUGAAGAAGUGCGUACAAUGCCGGGCUGUUGUGGAACGCCGCACGCCCUUCGUCCUGUGUUGUGGAGGGAAAGGUAUGGAGGAUGAUGCAGCUGAUGAUGAUGAUGAUGAUGAUGAGGAUGAUGAGGACCUUACAGGUAGCUCUAACUCAGCUCUAAUGGCAGGGGGGUCGCAGCAGGAUCUGCUCCAGCCCAACAAUCUGGCGCUAAGUUGGUCCAGCGGUAACAUCCCGGCCAUGCAGAGAGACAAAGACAACACCAAUGUCAACGCUGACGUUCAGAAGCUGCAGCAGCAACUGCAGGACAUCAAGGAGCAGACCAUGUGUCCUGUGUGCCUGGACCGGCUGAAGAACAUGAUCUUCAUGUGUGGCCACGGCACCUGCCAGCUGUGUGGCGACCGCAUGAGCGAGUGCCCCAUCUGCCGCAAGGCCAUCGAGAGACGCAUCCUCCUCUACUAGUGUCCCAGGCUUCAGUCUUACCCUACUAUACCACCCAUACCCCCCCCCCCCCCCCCCCCCCAUCAACAACCAACAACACCAGCUGCUGCUCUCUCAUCUUUCUGAACUUCACUGCUCUCCCCUCUGUGUCUGCUAGCCCUGCCCAGCGUAGGACGUCUUACAACCAGAAAAACAAAACAUAGACUUAAGCAUUACAAUUGUGGCUUCUUUUUAAAAAUGGAAACCUUGUUACAAAAAAAAAAAAAAGCUGACAUUGUCUUCAGAGAACCUUGGUGUUGUAUCUCAGUUAAAAGCCUGCAGCAGACUAGUCUCUUGAUCCCCCUGUGUCAGGAAAAAGUGCUUUGCUCCUCAGAAUGCCCUUUCACCUUCCUUUCUAUCUCUCUCUCUUACCAUUUCUGUUAUGAUAUCUGUGGUGGGGUCCUUGGCACGCAGCCCUGUUGUGUUGGACUCUUGGCCUUGGGAAAUGUACAGGCCCGGAAGACAUGUCAACUCUUCUGUUGAAGGACUCCCUCAAGCUAAAUUUAAAGCCCAUUUAUCAUUGAUUCUACAAAUAUUCUCUCUCUCUCUCUCGGGAGAGAAACUCGUCCUCUUAUAAUGAUAUCUGUGGUGGGGUCCUUGGCACGCAGCCCUGUCAUGUUGGACUCUUGGCUUUGCGAAAUAGCCUGGAAGACUGCCUCUGAUGCUAAAUCUAAAGCCCAUUCAUCAUUGGUUCUAUUGGAAUUGUGUUUCUUAUGCAAGCGUAUUCAUAAUGGAAGCUACUGACUGGGAUAUUCUGUUCUUUUGGAGUUUACUCAACGUUAAUCAAUGAUAAUUACAGUAUGAUGGCAUGUUUGUACAAAUGCAAUGUCCGUUUUUAAAAAGUUCAGCCGGUCUCCUGCGACACGUGCAUAUUCGAGGUCGGGUUAUUGUUGUGACAUGCUCCCCUACGGCGUGUUUAAUACCAAUCAACAGGACCGGUUUGCACUAGUUGGCAUGCUCUCUAGGUAGAAGAAAAAACGUCUGAUUGAACGUAAAAGCAAAAGUGCUGUUCUUUCUGAGGUCUUUUGGAGGUCCACCGCCACCGUAACUCUGGUAACGUAGUGAUACGGCGGUCGUCCAAUCGCCAGGCAACACCUCAUCAGCUGUACCUUGUUUACCAACCUCUCGCUCUCUCUCGCGCGCGCUCUCUCUGUGGAGAAAUGCAGGCAGGCAGCACAUGUUUAGCAUUGCGUCACCUUUGGGCUGCAGCGGUUAAAUACUGUACGCCCAGUGGAGGUGCAAGUCAAGACACGUCUCAUUCAGCCUCCUUCUCUAAGUGAAUAGUGUCCGUCAUGUACGCGCUGGAUGGAUGAAUUCGCACAUUAUUGAGCAUGUAUGUCAACACGUAUGUCACAAGUUGCUGUGGAGCUUUUUUCCCGAGACUAUAGGUGGUAUUGUCUGUCUGAUAUUCAUCCAUCCUAUGAUUCUUAUAAGCACCGCUAAUAACCAUUGAUUAUUCCUGUGCCAUUGCUUCCAAAAAUUAUGUACCUGUUAAAGAAGUUGUUUGGGGAUAAGGUGCUCUUUACCUUGUAUUUUAUUUAAAAAUAUAUAUAAAAUAAUGUAUUGAGGUAGUGUAAAAUCUAAUGGAAAGCCAAAACGAUAAUAUAGAGUAAAUUAUUUUGUAUUGCUGCCCAUAAAUAGGAUCUAUAUGUAGCCUCUCCCACACCCACACAUCCUGCUUCAAUAUCAAUGUUGAAAUUGGUCUUUUAUUUUGAUUGACUUCCAGCAACAACAAAAAUUAUCAAAGUAUUAUUUUAUAUCUUGUUUUGUCUCUGCAAGUCUAACAUGUUCAGAGUCAAUAGUAAGAUUGAUUGAUAAGGAAAGGGAUAUAUUUUUGUCAGCUUCUUCAUGUGUCCUUCUACCAGUGUUUGUUUUUUUUUUGGCUAAGGAGAACAUGGUUCCCCUGGCAAUGUUGACACUAAUACAGCACAUCCCUCUCUGGAGGGAAAAGCAGAUCACUUCUGUAUAAGGUGACCAGCUCCCUCGCAAAUGGGUUUGCCAGUGCAAACGAGCUCUUUUUUUUUUAUAGGAAAUAACGUUUUUAUUCCUUUCACUGAUCACGUUAACGUUUUAAAAGUUUGAAGCACUAAUAUUGCUUUAUCGUAGUAUUGUCUUGAUGCAGUUGUUAUAAAGGCCUAUUUUGUACCUUAUUUUCCAUACUUAUAUCUGUUCAGAUUUAAAAAAGGUUUCGGUAGUAUUCUCUCCUUUUUUUUGGCAUGAAUGUUUGAUGUAUGCAGUACAACAUGUAUCAUGAAAGCUGGUCAUUGUAUUGCUUAAAAGUGCUUUAAAAAACAAACGUAUAGCUGAAAUAAAGUUCAAAAUGAACCUUGGGACAUCCUAA